AUGUACAAGUACGGUGGCAUUUUCGUGCUGUUCGUGGUAUCCCUAGGAACCAUUGAAGCCGGUCUAGAGUUUGGGCAAAGCUGUCUGUGGGCACACAACGGGUUUCGAAGAUUGCACCAAUUAACACGUGAUCUAGCGUAUAAUGAAGACCUGGCAAAGUCGGCACAAGAGUAUGCGGACUACUUAUCUUCCACCGGGAAAUAUGAACCAAGCCGCAUGGUUAGCGAGGGGACAUAUAGUGAGAACAUACUCAAGUGGCCUGAUUACGCUGUAAUGUAUAAUAAGAAUGCUACAUGCCGCCAUGCCAUCGAUCAAUGGUAUAACGAAAUCCUAUUCUAUUCUUAUUCUACGACCAAGUCCACUUCCAAAGAUCAUACUAUUGGGCACUUUGUGACAGUAUGUAUGUUUGAAUUAUAA